AUCCAGUUUGCUGAUCAGAAGCAGGAUUUUAACAAACGUCUUAGUAAGACCGGUCGUCGCUCCCAUUCUUUCUCCCAGUCCUCCACAGAUAACUACAACUCAGCUGCGUUGUACACAGACAGUUCAGAGGAUGCGACGUCUCCUAGAGACAGGCAGCAGAGGAGCUCUAAGGGACAUCAAGACUUCUGCAUCAAGAACAUCAGACAGGCCAGCUUCGGACGCAGGGAGAUAGCGAUCGCUGAGCAAGAGAUGCCAGCUCUGAUGGCCCUGAGAAAGAGAGCAGAGGGAGAGAAGCCACUGGCUGGAGCUAAAGUAGUGGGCUGCACUCACAUCACCGCUCACACAGCCGUGUUGAUGGAGACUCUGUCUGCGUUGGGGGCUCAGUGUCGCUGGGCAGCCUGUAACAUCUACUCCACCCAGAAUGCUGCAGCUGCAGCUCUGGCUGAGGAAGGCUUCCCUGUGUUUGCGUGGAAGGGGGAGUCGGAGGAUGACUUCUGGUGGUGUAUUGACCACUGUGUUAGCCUGGAGGCCUGGCAGCCCAAUAUGAUCCUGGAUGAUGGGGGAGACCUGACCCACUGGAUCGAUAAGAAAUACCCCAGCAUAUUCAAGAUGAUCAAGGGCAUCGUGGAGGAGAGCGUCACAGGAGUACACAGGCUGUACCAGCUGUCCAAGGCAGGGAGGCUGUGUGUUCCUGCUAUGAACAUCAAUGACUCAGUCACCAAACAGAAGUUUGACAACCUCUACUGCUGCAGGGAGUCCAUACUGGACGGGUUGAAACGGUUGACAGAUGUGAUGUUUGGGGGAAAGCAGGUUGUGGUGUGUGGUUAUGGAGAGGUUGGUAAAGGUUGCUCUGCCGCUCUGAAGGCCAUGGGCUCAAUAGUGUACAUCACAGAGGUCGACCCCAUAUGUGCCCUGCAGGCCUGCAUGGACUGCUUCAGACUGGUCAAGCUCAAUGACGUCAUCAGACAGGUGGACAUGGUCAUCACCUGCACGGGCAACAAGAACGUGGUGGGAAGAGAUUAUCUGGACAGAAUGAAGAACGGCUGCAUCGUCUGUAACAUGGGUCACUCCAACACUGAGAUAGACGUGGCGAGUCUGCGGAGCCCAGAGUUGACCUGGGAGAGCGUGAGGUCACAGGUGGACCAUGUCAUCUGGCCAGAUGGCAAGAGAAUUAUCUUACUGGCUGAGGGUCAUCUGUUGAAUCUGAGCUGCUCCACGGUACCCACGUUCAUUCUCUCCAUCACCGCCACCACACAGGCGCUGGCUCUGAUUGAGCUGUACAAUGCCCCAGAGGGACGAUACAAUAAAGAUGUCUACCUCCUGCCAAAGAAGAUGGACGAGUUCGUGGCCAGACUCCACCUGCCAACGUUUGACGCCCACCUCACAGAGCUGACUGAUGAGCAGGCCAAAUACCUGGGCCUCACCAAGACUGGACCCUUCAAACCAAACUACUACAGUUCUGACUAUGCCCACCAGGUGGUGCAAUGA